AUGGCUUCUCCUGAGACCCAUUAUCAUCGUCUUCAAUGGACGAAGUCUCCGCAUGGAACCUGGGAGCGGGAGAUCGAUGAGUGCGAGGGGUUUUACAACUUAUCUAUCAGGAACGGAGAAGGCUGUUAUCCUGUCACCAGUUGCGCAUCUUUUAUCAUUAAGUCCUCUGAUAUUGUAACGACUGAAGAAGAUGAAGAUCGCCGCAUUGAAAAUGCUUUACGGAAAGCUUGGGCAACUCUCCACUACGAUCAUCCGACCCUACGCUCUCGUGUUGAGCGUAGUAAGGACGGUACCCGAUGGAAAAGAGCAUAUUCUAAAUUCGAGAACAAGGAAGAAGAGAAGCGAUGGUUAGAUUCGACGUUCAAAGUUAUCGAUGUCGAAGGGGCGCCAUUGCAAUGGUUCAACCACACAUCUGCCUCCUUUGAGCUUUCGACCUUAUUUCUCGUUAGGUCCAAGGAGAAGGACAAUCACCAUAGGCAUCUCUUCUUAAGAAGUCCCCACGAUAUUACAGACGGUAUUGGCGUUCUUCAGCUACUCAAUAACCUAUUCAAACACGCUGCUCUCGCUUAUAAAAAAGGGGCUCAGUAUACCUUACCAGCGUGGGGCAAUGAACAUGAAAGACUUUCCCCAUGCCUUCAGUUUGUUACAGAAACUCCAAAGUCGUUUACUGAAUCCCAAGUAAAGCGUUUCGAAGAGAUCCAGACUCAUAACAGGAUGAUCUACACUCAUCCCGGUCUCCUUAGUUUACCCUCAAGUUCUAAUCCUACUAUUUCACAACAUGAGAAAAGGCAGCGCGUUGCACUCUCGGUUUCCAAAGCUACUACAGAUAACAUUCUUCAUAGCUGCAAAGCCAUCGCUUCUGGAGUGAGCGUUACUCAUGUCUUCACGUCGGCUUUAGCGUUAGCCCUCUCCGAAUUGCAACCUCGCAAAGAGCAACCAUACACUGUUCGCUACGCCAAUCAGAGUAUGGUCAAUCUACGUUCACAUUGCCGCUAUCCCUAUAACACGCCUGAGCAUGCAGCAGCUGCAUAUCAUACCGUCUCUGCUCAGGCGCUAGGUGUAGAUUUAGUUGUCCCAGCUUCAACGGACACGGGGAAUAGGGGUAACGUAGAUCAAUUCUCUAAAAUUACAAUCGAAGUACGGGAUUACUUCAACACCGUUCGGCCAGCCUCCCCUAGAGAUGAAAAUGUCAUAUUUUCUCCAAUGGUAUUUAAAAGUUUUACGGCUCCGCCGGGUUCGGAUCCCCAUGCCGUAUCGGAAACUCCUUUCUGUCCAGUGCCGCUUUCCUCGAUCGGUAAUAUCGCUUCAAUUGUGUCACCAAGCCAUGGCCCCUUUGAGCUGAUAAGUGUCUGGGCAGCUAGCGAACCAAUCGGCGCUGGCGUAGCCGUAUUCCUGGCGACCUGGGAUGGAAAGAUUGAGCUUUCUGCGGUGUUUGAUACACGUUAUCACGAUGUCGACUAUAUUGAGAAGUUCUUAGAACGCAUUCUGAACUGUGCUCUCAAAGGUCUAGGCAUUAAUUAG